CCUCGAAGACCCCUCGAACCCCUCCAUGUCAUGUCAGAAUCAUACUCCGUACUCGAACGCUUCGGCUGGGCAUCGCAGCUUAUCCGAAAGUUUGCUGGUCAUUCUAUGCAUUAGGUUGGGAAGACUUAACCCUUUUCAAAAGGUGGAUGAGAGACUUAAGGAAACUGAAAGGCCGAAGAAGGUGCCACGAAUACAAAGAUGGUCGACCUUUUAUCAAUCGUAUCUCCAUAUCUCCACAUUGAAUCAUGCCGGAUGAACUCUCUCUUCACGCACUUUGAGUUGAAAGUUCGAAACUACAAAAUUCGAAAUGCCGUGAUUGGUUUUCAAUGGGCAGGAUCCCCAACUUCGUACUUAAGAGGGGCAAUUUAAUUCUUCUUGAUUUGCCAAAGAUUUUCGUAUUUCGAGCCGGGCCACGCAUUUUUCGAAUCGGGAAAAUCAAACAACUUGGAAACUUUUGCGCUUAUGGCGCAGGCGCACAUUAUUGUAUCAUCUAUCUCCCUAUCAACGCGCGACUUUUCUGGAUGAAUGAAGAUAAAUUUGUCGCGAAAUGCUGCUUUUUUGUUUAUGGUUACUCGAGAAAUCACUCCAGAGUUGUGUUGUGCUUCCAAAGGUCGAGGUCUGCGGUCUACCGGCCAAGUCUACAGUUUCGCGAUGGGAGGAGUUUCGCAGAGCUCAUUGGAUGAUCUUCAUCUACGCAAUAACGGCGUCAUGGGAGUGAAUUGAAGGAUUGCGAUUGCGACGGACAUACGGAGUGUCAUUGCGCAGAUCCAACCAGAGUCAAUUAGGGUGCACAACACAUUGCGCCUUGCACAAAAUGUCCAUACUGUACUUAUAUUACUCGCUUGGUCACUUUAGGUUUGAAUUCUGAAAUGUUAUCUCUCAAGGUAGAUAUCUAAUACAAUCAAGAUUCAACAGUCCGUACUCUACCUACCUAAUAAGUUUCCGUCCUGUGCCGGUAGCUACUCCAGUCUCCAUACCACCAAUACUAGCAGGUACAUACUGUAAGAAGAAAGUAAAAAUUUGAUGUGUUUGCGAUCGAAGUGUCUAACCUACUAAGUAGAAACUCUCCACUCUUUUGCAUUUUGCCUCUUCCAAGCCCCUCAUCAUAAAUCAACCUGGCUGGACGGAUUCAGGAUGUUACCAUGCUUCAAAUCAAAUUUUGAGCCAAACUAUGUCGCACACGAUUGAAAGAGAAUAUGCAGCAUUACAAGAACAAAUAACUUGCAUUCGCAUUCUGCACUGUUGAUAGGUCGUCACGAAUCAUGUUUUCACCCCGUCCUGUAUACUUCCAGACUUCAAUCCACAACUCACUCGAUUGUAUACUUGAUACUCUUGACCUUUGCGCCAUCCACCCGUUAAUGUACCUCGAUCAUUUUCUAGUGGCGGCCGUAUGAUUUUGGCCUAACUUUAGUAGAGCGUAGAGGAGCCAUUUUCUUCUAAUCAGCUUCGAGCAUAAAUGCUAUUUGAAACCCGUGGCCAGCGCAUACCAUGAUCCCGGGUCGCAAAUCUUUCUUUCGCGAUGAAGGGGAAAAAGAAUUCAAGCAAGUUGUAUUCCUACACCGACAACCAUAAAUUUAAUUGAAAAGGU